AUGUUGAUUCCUGCUGAUAUUGCCAACAUGCAUGACAAAGACACCAUGGCUGCUAUUCAUGGAACCCGGAUCUCGCCGCUGCAUGCCCAGGAUUUCGGCGCCACUUCCGUCAUCAAAAGCACUAUCAAACCUCAGCUGAAGCUGAUACCGACAACAGAGGAUAGUUAUGGCGAGGAUAUGGAAGACGAUGAUUUUAGCGAUCACGAUUCACACUACUCCGAGGACUUCAUCGAUGAUGAAUUUAUGCACGUGAUCACCGAGGAACCACCUGAUGUGACGCAGCGUCUGCUAAGUUUUGCGGAAAUGGUGAACACAGAUAUUCAGAAAUACUUUGGUAAGAAGAAGGAAGAGGAUUCGUGUGAUAUAUACGAAGAUAAAUGGGUAACGACCAAAUCUGGGCGAGAACUGUACUAUGCCGAUCUUCUGAGAAUAGCUCAAGGCGAAAAUGUAGACAGUAAAUCUAGGAGGGACACCUCUUCCGUGUCACCAAAACUAGAUAUUCAGGGCAAACAAAAGUUCACAGGGAAAAUGGAUGCCAAGAUUGGAUUAGGCCCGCUUAAUGAUUUAUUUGAAUACGGACUCCGGCAAUUUUUAGUUGAUGGAAAAUUAAAAGCGAAAAAAAUGAAAAGAAUGAAACCGGAUAUAAAAAAGAUGGAGGACGUAAUGCCGAUGAAUCAGCGGAAGUUACCGGAGUCAUUUUGGCGGGAACCUAGGGCAGAGCGUCAAACAGACCCACGUGUUAAUAAUGGCGGAAAUCUGCUCAAUACUUCCCACCCCCCAGACUUUAGUGACCUUCUUCAGAGUUGGACAGGGGUUGGGCAUGUGAACGACUUUGGUGGUGAUUUAUCUUCUAGUGAAAUGAGUGUGACGUCAUCAGAAUCUCUCUGA